AUGUCUUAUGAUCAAGCCAUUAAAUUAUUUAAUCAACAAAAAUUUAAAAAUGCAAUUGAAUUAUUUGAACAAACAUUAAAUACAAAUAAAAAUUCUUUACUAUAUCUUGGAUUUUGUUAUGAAAAAGGUUUAGGUAUUCCAAAAAACAUAUGGACGGCAAGAGAUUAUUAUGAACUUUGUAUUAAAGAAAAUAAUAAUUUUUAUUUCAAAUCAACUGCUUUUUUUCAAUAUAUUAAUUUAAAUUUUGAAACAUAUAAAAUAACAAUUGAAAAAAUCAAUACUUUUUUUGAUUUUUUUGAUAAUGAUGAUACAAAUUACCAAGUAAUGUAUCUUAUAGGAUAUGCAUUAUUCUAUGGAAAAUUUGGUUCAAAACAACUAUCAUAUUUAGGUAAAACAUAUCUUGAAAAGGCAAAAAAUUAUUUAAAAAAGGAUAUAAAAGAAAAUGAUUUAUUAAAAUUAUAUAAAAUUUGGUAUAAUAAAACAAAUGAAUUUUUUAAUUUAACCACUAUAUUAAAAAAAAUCGAUUUUGAUGUAAUAGAUGAAUAUUUUGAUAUUGCUAUUAAUAAUAAUAUAGUUGAUAAAGCAUUUAAAAUUCGUAUUUUAAAUGAUUAUUUUUGUAAUAAAUAA